CGAGUCAAAACUUGUCUAUAACACGCCCAAAUGAAGCUUGUUGAGAGAUUCUGGACAGCAGUAACUUAUGCUCUCAGUCUAUCAUCUUUUCCAUCGUUCCACGAGUAUGGCAUCCAGCAGAAGCCAUUAUUUGGAGACAUCCCAUCAUCAUUGAUCAGGCCUGCUCGCCAUGGACCAAUCUUUUACCCUCCUGGUAGACGACCUCGAGGUGAUGGGUCAGAGUUUAUGUGCAAGUACGCCAAUAUGGGUGCAGAACGGACAAAUUGUUCUACACCCGAAGAUCGUUCAUGCUGGCUCAAGAGCGAGAAGACUGGGCGACGAUUCGACAUCAACACUGAUUACGAAAUCCUCGCUCCCGAGGGAGUCUUGUGUCAAUAUACAUACACUUGUAGUGGCCGAUGGUUCAUGUGAUGCCGAUGGACUCAACUUCACAGAAGCGAAGCUGUUCAACGAAGUAUAUCCCGGGCCUUAGUUGCAGGCUUGUUGGGGCGACAUGCUUGAGGUC